AUGAAUUUCGAUUCAAACAAUUUUGAUUUUGAUCCAAAUCAAAUACCUGACAUAGAAAAAAAACUUCAAGAUGAUGGUUAUGUCCGGAUACAAUUUUUUAAUGAGCAUUUGCCAAAUGAUAAAACUAUAAUGAAAAAUAUGGAAAGCGUUUUUAUUGAAAUAAUUGAAAAACUCGGCGGUCAAUGUUUAGAUCAUAAUGAAAAAGAGAAUUCCAUUGUUUGGCAUAUUCAAUCAAUGGAAACAUGUUCCGAUACGAAAGCAAAUGCGUUAGCUCGUUCACAAACAAGUGACGAAUUUAUGUUUCAUACAGAUUGCUCAUAUGAAAUAAAUCCAGCCGAAUAUAUGGCAUUAUUUGUUCUAGAACAAGAUCAAUUUGGUGGUGGUCAAUUGGAAGUAAUUCGAUUGUCCGAUGUUUUACAACUUUUAUCAUCAGAAACCAAAGAAAAGUUAAUCAAAAAUAAAUCAAAAAUACGCGUGCCAGUUGAAUUUCAAAAAUUAUCCAAUACUGAUCAUAUCAAUGAAUCAAUUCUAUUAGAUCAUGAUAGAAUUCGUUAUAGAUAUGAUAUUUUAUGUGAACAAAAUAAUGAAGAAUUUCAUGAACUCAACCGAAUAAUUAAUAAAGUUGAAAGAUAUCGACCAAAAUUAAAUAAAUAUACAAUGAUUAUAUUGAAUAAUCAAAAGUAUCUUCAUGGUAGAACAAAAGUUCUCGAUAAUCGACGUCAUUUACUUCGAAUAAGAUUUAAUCGGCCAUUGCCGUACAAUAUUUUUUCAAUUUAUGAGCAAGAAAAAUUAAAUUCAGAAUAUUUAACAUUUUCAAAUGAACUUUAUGAUUAUUUUGAUAUUCAACAUGAAUAUUUGUACAAAAUUUUGAAUUUAAUUGUCAAACAAUAUAGUCUACCCACAAGUGUCGGUGAAGAAAUUCGACAAACUUUUCAAUUCAAUUCAAAAAUUCAUUCCAUUUUAAUUAAUUUAAACAUUCAUCGGGCCAAUUUUCGCAUUGGAACUUAUCGGCCGGAUAUUAUUUUUGCUGAUGAACAUUUAUUUAAAAUGAAUGGAAAAUAUUCAUUUCAUCCUAAAAUAUGUGAAAUAAAUGCACGGUUUCCAUUCAACGGGUAUUUUCUAUCUGCUAGUUUAUGCUCAACUAAUGAACAAAAUCGAUUGUCAAAAAGAUUUUCGAGUCUAAUUGAAAUAAUAAUUAAAUCGUCUAAAUUCGAUACAACAAAGCCAAUGUAUAUUCUUAAAUCGAAAGAAUGUGGUUUUGAUAUUCAUUUAUUUCAGCAGUAUUGGAUAAAAAAAUAUUCUCAACCGUGUUUAUUUGUUGAUCCGAAAGAUUUGCAAAUAGAAAACAAAAAUUUAUGCAAUAAAAAUAAAACUUAUUUCCUUGAACAAUUCAUUCUUGAAUUACAUCAAGAUGAAAUCUUAGAAUUACCUGAUGAAAUUCUUGAAUUCUUGAUUAAAAACAAUCAAUUAAAUUAUAUGAAUGACUUUCGAACAAUAUUUAUUUUACAUGAUAAACGUUUAUUUUCACUUUUAUCAAAUCGACAAUUUCUUUAUGCUUUACUGAAUAGUUCACAGCAUAUAUUUUCACAAUUUAUCCCAACAACCUAUGUUAUUAACAACUUGCCUAAUUAUUUGAGAGAUUCUAUUAUUUGUAAUAAACAAGAUUGGUGCAUUAAACCGAAUUCAGCUGGAAAAGGCGAAAAUAUUACUAUAGGUGUUGAUGUAACAUUAGAUGAAUGGUCUCGCCAAUUGUUAGAUUCAAAUCAUGAGCAAUGGAUUGUUCAACAAUAUAUUAAAUGUGUAAAAUAUGACUCAAUGAAUUUAUCCGGUAUGUUAUUCUGUUUUGAUGAUCAAUGUUUUAACAUGGGAAUUAUUCGAAUAUCUCCAAAUAAGAUUGUUAAUAUUUCUCAUGGAGGUAAUUAUAUUCGCCCCUAUAUACAUCAUGAACAUAUUCAUUCUAUGAACGAUAAAAGUAUUUUAACGAAAGAAAAACUACAUGAACAAUUGGUUGCAUUAAAAUCUAUUGAUAAUCGAUGGAAUCAAAAUGUGUAUGUCUCAUCAUCGGGUGGUAGUGGAGGGAAAAGUUUAUUUUUUGCAACGGAUAUUAAACAAAAUCAAUUACAACGACAAAUUUUAGUUGAUAUGAUGGUAGAACAAAGUAUUAUAUCACAUAAUGAUGUUUGUCUAAAUUUAUUUCAAUCAAAUAAUAUUUAUCGAUCAUUUGAAAUUUUUAAUGAUUUCUGUACAAUGGCUAACUGCACGACAUUACCAAUGAGUGCUAGUGCGACUGAUGCAGAUAUAUUAAAAGUAAUCGAAUAUUUUAAACCAAAUAUUCUGAUGGGUUCGCCAUAUCGUUUAAUGCAAUUUGCAUUUUUCAUGGAGAAACAAAUAGAAAAAAAAAUAAAUUUUGAAAAAAUCUAUUUCGCAUGCGAAUCUCUUGAUGAAAUCAAACAACGUUAUUUUGAACGUAUAUUCCAUUGUUCGAUUUUUAUUGGCUUUUAUGGUUCAGCUGAAGCAGGCGUAUUUGCUUGUCAAUCUCCAAAAUAUUCAGCAACGAAAAUUUUUCUCUAUCCAAAAGAAUUAGUUCAUAUUGAAAUAAUAAAUUCAAAAAUAAUUGUUACAAAUUUGAUUCGAAAACGAAAUCAAUUAAUUCGUUUUGACAGCGGAGAUCUUGGACGAUUAAUUUCAAAUAAUGAAAAUGAUAAAUAUGGUUUAUUAGAAGUAUUUUAUAGUCAACGUUUAAUUAUGAUUGGAGAUGAUACACUGUCAAUAUCAGAUAUUGAAGAAAUUAUGAAACAAAUAGAUCUAAUUGAAUGGCAAUUAGUUAUUGAUUAUGUUUCACAUACCGAAAAUAAUCAGAUACUUUUUUUAUUUCGAUAUGUCAAAUUUGAAUUUAUGUCCAUUGAUACAGUUGAAAAAACUAUUCGAAAUGAUUUACAAAAAUGUUUUGAUAUUGCAUUAUCGAAAAUUUCUGAACAAUUAAUUCUUCAAUUUGAAUCAAUUGAAUUUAAUGAUUUAACCAGAGAUAAAACAUCAAAUAAAUUAUUAAAAAUUAUUGAUCAACGAUCUUAA